AUUGUUUUUUUUUUGCUGCAUUUUUCGUUAAUUUUUGUAAAUAUCAAAAUUUUUGUGUCUUGUUUUUUGAAUGUGUGUCGCUGUCAAAGUGUCUAAACGGUUGCAAGCAUUAGAAUAAAACAGCAUAUUAAGGAUACGCCACGUGUUACAGGAUUACAGCAGUUUGAGCAAAUUGCAAAUUUAGCUGCUCUCCGGAAUGGGCAACGCCGGCUACACAUGCAUCCGCCGCACCUUUUGCUGGCUCAACAUCAUUCUGUGGCUGUGCAGCUGCGCGUUCCUUGGAGCCGGUCUCUGGCUGCGUCUCAGCUACGAGGGAUACGCCACAUUGUUGCCACAACAUGCCGGACUCAGUGCGGACACGAUCUUCAUGUGCAUGGGCGGAAUCGGAUUCGUGGUCAGCUUCUUUGGCUGCUGCGGCGCCUGGGUGCAGUCACGUUGUCUGCUAGUGUUGUAUUUUAUGCUGAUUGUGAUGCUGUUCCUCAGCGAGUUCCUGGUGGGUUCCAUAGCGUUUCUCUUCCGCGGCGGCCUUGGACGCACAUUGGCCAACGAGCUGCGUUUCGGCAUUGAGCGGCAUUACAAUGCCAGUGAUCGUGGCUCUCUUGUGGCGCCCUCUGUUGCUGCCAUUUGGGACAGCGUGCAACAGUCGUUUGAAUGCUGUGGCGUCUCUUCCUAUGAGGAUUGGUAUGACAUCCAGUCGUGGAGUGGAAAACGUUGGGUUCCCGACUCCUGUUGCCGACAGCUGUACGAUCAACGUCAACUGAUCACCGAAGGAUCGGGAGAUGGUGUGAUGCGCAUGGAUUGCGGCAGAUCGGAGAAUCCCUCGUUGUGGUGGGACAAAGGAUGUGCUCAUUCAUUGCAGAGUUGGUUCAACGGACAACUGAAUGUUGUGGGUGCCAUUGGAUUGGGCAUUGCCUUUGUCCAGCUCUUUGGACUGAUCACAUCGAUGCUGCUGUUCUGCACGGUGAAACAUAAGCGUGCCUCCGACACUUACAAGUCCUAUUCCCCCUCAAUUGAUCCGCAGACUCGCACCAGCAGCUGGGAGGAUUGAACCCGACUCUAAGAAACCCAAAAACCAAAAAAAAAAAAAAAAAAAAAAACCACUGAUAACUUUUCUAAAGCAAAGACAAAAAUUUGCAAAUAUUAGUUAAUUUUUUUUUCUGCUGCGAAAUGUGCCAAAAAUUAAUUUAAAUACUAGUUUCAGUAUCUUUAUUUUACGUAAACUUCGAUUAUAUUUUUUUGUUUAGUAAAGUAUAAUACUCGUAACAUAUCUGAAAAAAAAGAGAAACAAAGUUUGUAAACUCCCAAAAGCUGAAUUCACAUCACAAGACGACAUAAAAAUUCAUUGUCUUCUUUUGUUGGUAUUUUUUUUUUUUUUGCUAAUUGCAGUAUUGUUGUUGUGAAUUCAGCUUUAUUUUGGGUAUAGUUAGUGGUAUAUCCAUAUUGUGAUGUGCUCGCUUAGUCUAUAUAUAUAUAUAUAUACCACAUGAAUCUAUGCUACCACGA